GUCAGCGAGAGGUUAAGGGGAAGAGUCGCCGAGGCUGGUGGCAUUGCCAUUUUCUCCAGGAGCAGGGGACAUGAAGUGUCGAAAUGCAUUAAUUCCUUUGUCCUCAAACAAGUUUCUCAGCUUCUCUGCCGAUACUUCAGGAGGUGACCUUUCAGCGUAAUUGGAUUUGUUGUCUUUAUUUGCUUAUAAUUUACAUUUACAUUUAUGUUUAAAUGUGUGCAUUUGGCAAAUGCUUGUCUCCAAAAUGAAGUACAGCUUCAGGGCCAUGAUGAGGAGGCUAUUGUGGACCUGGGGAAAACCAGUUCCACCAUCCACACCAAUUUUGAGGAAGACGAGCUGCAGAGCCACCGUGCAGUGUACGUAGGUGUCCACGUCCCGCUUGGCAGAGAAGGCCGUCACAGACGUCGCCAUCGAGGCCACAAGCAUUCACGCACCAAGAAAGAGCGGGAUGCACCCCGAGAGGACGGCAGGGAGUCUCCCACCUACGAUACCCCCUCCCAAAGAGUCCAGUUCAUCCUGGGCACAGAAGAUGAGGAUGAAGAGCACAUCCCACAUGAUCUCUUCACUGAGCUGGAUGAACUGUCCUUCAGGGAUGGGCCCACAGGGGAGUGGAAGGAGACAGCCAGGUGGCUGAAGUUUGAGGAGGACGUGGAGGAUGGUGGUGAGCGCUGGAGCAAGCCCUAUGUGGCCACACUGUCCUUGCACAGCCUUUUUGAACUGCGCAGUUGCAUCCUCAAUGGUACUGUCUUACUGGAUAUGCGAGCCAACAGCAUUGAGGAGAUAGCAGAUAUGGUGAUUGACAGCAUGGUUGCAUCCGCGCAGCUGGAUGAGGUGCUGCGGGAGAAGGUGCGGGAGGCCAUGCUGAAGCGGCACCACCAUCAGAGCGAGAAGAAACUGAGCAACCGCAUUCCGCUGGUGCGCUCCAUCGCCGACAUAGGCAAGAAACAUUCCGAGCCACAUUUGCUUGAGCGCAACGGGGAAGGCCUCUCCUCCUCCCGCCUCUCGCUCCUGAAACCGGGCAUCUCCACCUCCAGCCUGUCGAGGCGCGAGUCCUUGGCGUCUAUCCUCCUUAGCCACCUCCUGCCCAGCCCCUCCCCCUCUGUCAGCGCCACUCCCCAAAACACUCCGCCCUCUCCUCGCCGCUCUCCAGCCCCGCUCCACCGGCCCACCCCUCAGCUGGUGGUGUCCAAUUACGAGCGGGAGGGCAUCCCCGAAGUGGUGGUGUUCCCGCCUGAGGAGGACGAGCUGACGCCCCCAACCCCACCCGGGGGAGAGGAGGCAGGCCCCGUUGGCCCGGCGAUGUCAUGUUUGCUGACACCAGAAGGUCCCGUGGUGCCUGCGUCCUCGGCCCCUGGCAACCUGGAUAGCAGCAGGGCCAGCGAGAACAGGGUUUCUAAAGGAGGGGUGAGCAGGGAGAGCAGCACGGUGGACUUCAGCAAGGUAGACAUGAACUUCAUGAGGAAGAUCCCUCCUGGAGCUGAGGCUUCCAAUGUUCUGGUAGGCGAGGUGGACUUCUUGGAGCAACCUAUUAUUGCCUUCGUCAGACUGGCACCCGCAGUACUUCUAACAGGACUCACUGAGGUUCCUGUGCCAACCAGGUUUUUGUUCUUGCUGCUGGGGCCGCAGGGCAAAGGGCCUCAGUACCAUGAGAUCGGCAGGUCCAUAGCCACUCUGAUGACUGAUGAGAUUUUCCACGAUGUUGCAUACAAGGCCAGAGACCGAACAGACCUUUUGUCUGGGAUAGAUGAGUUUCUAGACCAGGUGACCGUGUUACCCCCUGGAGAGUGGGACCCCACGAUACGAAUAGAGCCCCCAAAGAGCGUCCCCUCACAGAUGAAGCGGAAGAUGCCUCCUCUGGCCAAUGGUUCACCUGCUGCAACUGAGGCAGAGAAGGAGGAUGAUCACCAUGCCGGACCAGAGCUGCAGAGAACGGGGCGGGUCUUUGGCGGCCUGGUGAUGGACGUGAAGCGCAAGGCCCCAUUUUACUGGAGCGACCUGCGCGAUGCCCUCAGCCUGCAGUGCCUGGCCUCAGUCCUCUUCCUCUACUGCGCCUGCAUGUCCCCUGUGAUCACUUUUGGGGGGCUGCUUGGGGAGGCCACCAAGGGCAACAUUAGUGCCAUUGAGUCCUUGUUUGGGGCAUCACUCACGGGCGUGGCCUUCUCCCUGUUUGCCGGACAGCCCCUCACCAUCCUGGGCAGUACUGGGCCCGUCCUGGUCUUCGAGAAGAUCCUCUUCAAGUUCUGCAAAGACUAUGGCAUGUCCUACCUGUCCUUGCGCACCAGCAUUGGCCUGUGGACUGCGUUCCUCUGCUUAGUGCUGGUGGCAACGGAUGCCAGCUCGCUUGUUUGCUACAUCACUCGCUUUACUGAGGAGGCUUUUGCUGCCCUCAUCUGCAUCAUCUUCAUCUAUGAGGCGCUGGAGAAGCUCUUCCACUUGGGCGAGAUGUUCCCUGUCAACAUGCACAACAACUUGGACAACCUCACCCUCUACACGUGUCAGUGCUCACCACCAGCCAACACUUCUGUUCAAGCUCUGCAGUUCUGGAACCAGACAGGUCUGAUGCCUUCCUCCAUCCCCUGGAGUGAGCUGAAUGUAUCAAUGUGCCGACAGCUCCAUGGAGAGUUUGUUGGUCCUGCUUGUGGACCCCACGGCCCAUUUAUCCCCGAUGUGCUCUUUUGGUCCAUCAUCCUCUUCUUCACCACCUUCUUCCUCUCAUCUUUUCUGAAGCAGUUCAAGACAGAACGCUACUUCCCCACUAAGGUGCGCUCUACCAUCAGUGACUUUGCUGUAUUCCUCACCAUAAUGAUCAUGGUGCUCGUGGACUACCUGGUGGGCAUUCCCAGUCCAAAACUCCAUGUACCUGACCGCUUUGAGCCCACCUCCAAGCACCGGGGUUGGUUUAUUGACCCAUUGGGUAGGAACCCCUGGUGGACCAUGCUGGUUGCAGCCAUACCUGCCAUGCUGUGUACCAUCCUCAUCUUCAUGGACCAGCAGAUCACAGCUGUCAUCAUCAACCGUAAAGAGCACAAACUCAAGAAAGGCUGCGGGUACCAUCUGGACCUGCUGGUGGUGUCAGUGAUGCUGGGCGUGUGCUCGGUCAUGGGCCUGCCCUGGUUCGUGGCCGCCACUGUGCUCUCCAUCUCCCACGUCAACAGUCUAAAGGUGGAGUCGGAGUGUUCGGCCCCUGGGGAGCAGCCCAAGUUCCUGGGCAUCCGUGAGCAGAGGGUCACUGGCCUCUUGAUUUUCGUCCUUAUGGGUCUGUCUGUCUUCAUGACAUCUGUGCUUAAGUUCAUUCCCAUGCCUGUUCUCUAUGGAGUCUUUCUCUACAUGGGAGUGUCUUCACUGAAAGGCAUUCAGUUCUUUGACCGGAUUAAGCUGUUUGGCAUGCCAGCCAAGCACCAGCCAGACCUGAUCUAUCUGCGCUACGUGCCUCUGUGGAAGGUUCACAUCUUUACCAUCAUCCAGCUCACCUGCCUGGUGCUCCUCUGGGUCAUCAAGGCUUCGGCCGCUGCUGUAGUUUUCCCUAUGAUGGUGUUGGCCCUGGUCUUUAUCCGCAAGCUGCUGGACUUCAUCUUCACCAGCAGGGAACUCAGCUGGCUGGACGACCUGAUGCCAGAAAGCAAGAAGAAGAAGGAAGAUGACAAGAAAAAGAAGGAGAAAGAGGAAGCUCAGCGCUCACUGCAGGUAGCAGAGGUUGAGGCGGAUGCUGAGGCUGCAAGUAGCUCCUAUGCCAGCAGCAACCUGUUAAAGAUCCCAGUGGACAAACUGCACAGCAGAUCAUACAGAGUAUUCUCACACUCCUCCUCCAUGGAAGAGGACUCUGUAGGGUCAAGAGAAGGUGGCAUGUGUUAGGAUCACUGUGGAGGAAGAGUGGGGGCGGGGCGUGCAGGCAGAGACAGCGCUUUGAGGAGGAGUGCCUCCUUGUUCCAUGAACAUCAGUUGGAAGAGCUGCCGCCUCGCCCUGGUGCUCCAGGGCAGCCAGUGGUCUUCUGACAGUGGUGGAGUGCAGGGCUGGGUGUGUGUGCCGCCACCCUGACCCCCCUUUUGCAGAAGGCACAACCUGGAGCCAUCAGUAUUGAUCAAGGCCGUUGGCCUGCUCUGCACACAGCCAGCAAGAAGCCAACGUGCACCAUGCCAAAGGAAGGGGCAACGUUGUCAAGGUGCAGCCUUUCUCAGAUAUUCCCGAAUCGUUGUCGUUUUAGUCUGCUGUCAUCUACUGAUGUCAUAAUUCCAAGUGCAACACGCCCGUCUGACUGAAAUGAGGCGUGCGUCACCCGACACUCACUGUACACUAUUAGUCCUGCUAGAAGAAACAGUCAUUUCAGUGAGUGACUCCUUCUUCCUGAAUCACAAAAUGUAACUUCAGGUUAUACAAGCACAACACAAGUUAUUUAAUUUCUUUUGCUUCAUGUACCCAUAAGCAAAGCCAUAAGUGGAUCACAUGAGCAGUUCUCUGUUGUGACAUUUGUGCAUAUAUUUUGGAGUUUGUCAGUCCUGUUCAGUGUUCAUUGCAGCCUGGGCGCUAGACUGCGUCAAUAGCCACUGUCCGUUAUAGUUCAGUGGUCAGCAGUAGCCGUUACAAUCCAACUGAUGACACCAGCUAAAAGGUUUGCUGUUGAGAAAAACAAAAAAAAAAGAAAGAUUUUAAUGUGGUUUACAUGUGUUAACAUUCACUGUAUUGGGAGAAUAGAUUGUUUGGAUUUUAAAAAUUUGUUCUGUAGUUCAUUUUAUUUAUUUCAAUUAGAACGUUCUUAAAAGCCAUGUGGUUUAGGAAACGGGAGACAACAUUGUCAGUAAGUUCGUAUGAACUAAUUUCAGACACUUGGUCUGUUAGUCAUUAUGUCAAUGGGACAGACAAUAUAUUUAAUGUUUAAUAAAGUCAGUUUAAUAGGCCAUAUAUGGUAUAGUUUGCUAUCAUGUUAUGGGAUAUAUAAUAAACUAUUAAAGUACCCAUUAGAAAU